UCAUUGAACACGCCCUAAGAGGCGGGGAUUAACGUUCCUUGGAUGGUUAGAGUAGAAACAGUUAGUAGAGGAUUUUGACUCGGUUCUUUUACCACACAGACUCGUCGCAUCACGAAGGAGUCAUGGCUUUGGACGGAUGCGGCCUCUUUUGCAAAUAUAUCCUGUUCCUCUUCAAUCUGAUCUUUGCGGUGCUGGGUUUUGCCUUGUUGGGCCUGGGCCUGUGGCUGAGGUUCAGUAACAACACCAGACCAAUCUUUGAAAUAACUGCCCUCAACUCCAGCACAUUUGUCUUGGGUGUGAUUUUACUGAUAGCACUUGGCACAGUGAUGCUGGUCGUAGUUACGGUUGGAGACUACGGGGCCUGUAGCGAGAAGAAAUAUGCUCUCCAAGUGUUCUCUGUUCUCUUGUUCAUCCUGGCGGUUGCCGAGACCGUUGUUGGAGUGCUCGCUUACACAUGGAGGGAAGAGGUUGGGAUGAGGGUUGUGGAGUUCUACACUAGCAUCUAUACUUUGUUUGCAGCCAGCAGUGACGCGGGCAUUGGUGUCACACUAUUGUUCAUUCAUAAGAUGCUUCACUGCUGUGGUGUGACAGGGGUCACGUUGUUGGAGGCUGUUUCACAGACCUGCCCCGAGCCAAAAAGCUUCUUCGAGAACAUUGCCAUGCGUACAUGUCCUGGGGUCAUCACUGAUUUCUUCAACAGCAACGCACCUAUGGUGAUGGGCAUCUUCAUUGGAACUGGAGCUCUUUUGAUCAUUGCUCUCAUAUGCAGCUUGAUCCUCAAUCAGAAGCUUCAUGUGUCCAGCUCAUCUCCUCAGUACAUCAUGUUGACCAACGCUGCUCCAUCCCUGCCCAACGUUUCCCAGCAUGGACAUGUCUCCAGCUUGAACCCUGACCAAGAACCAGUCCUCUUCAACCCUCUCACUGAGGGCAAUAUCACUGUGGUCCAGACUUAGUCUGCUCAGAUUACAAUUAUUCCACAAUUGAAAAUAAAAGCUUCUCCUGGUAGGAGCUGGGAUAUCGCAUAACCUACAACCUAUAUAACCCGCUGCUGAAAUACCUUUACUUGCAUUAGGAACUACGACAAAACAAGUUACAUCAGUGACAUUAACAAGGCUACCCAAUCAUGGCAUGAUAAAAAUUGAAUUUCUUUCUAAUAAGCACUUGCAUAUAUAUUUUAAACACUUUCAUGUUUCCUUUUAUAAAUAGGCCAUUUCCUUCCUGUUCAUGAUCUGCUAUCACUACACUCUGUUCUAAAAUAUCAUACAAAUACCCAAGUCCAGACUCGAUAAUAUUUUCACUCUCUUUGUAUGGCAAGUUUCAUCUUAGCUUUCAGAAGGGGGGUCAUUCAUUGCUUUAUUUCCCCUCUACUUUCUAUGUCGUGCAUGACAGAUCACUGCUCUGGGGUGCGCCAUUAUCCUCUUGAGACAGAUCAAGAAAGACCUGAUGGCUGCCGCUACCCACUACUCCACUGUCUACUAGGUGGAGGAUUCCAAUUUCAGCCCAGACUCUGCAGCAAACUAUCAUUUGCACGUGUGCUUUUUUUCUUAACUACCGACAUGAUGCUUUGAAUCACCAUUUAUCACAUUAAUAUAGGAUUUACAUUUCACAUUACAUUAGAAAGGAAAGCUACACUGAAAGUUGAACCAAUCAUAUUGCAUUAAACAUGUCCAGAAUAAAUUACCCUCUGUACUGCUUUGGUGGUAGUUGCACAAUUAGUUUUAUUUUUGCACCUUGAGAUAUGUGAAGUAGAAAGUGGUGGGUUUUUGGAAAGAUCAGAUUUAACGCAGGGCAAAAUAAAACCGUGCUAACAACAUAUGUCAUAUUUUGUUCUUUUGCGGAGAUAUCCCUAUAGAAGACUUGCUGCUACUCAAUGCCUAGGAUUUGUGUUCUUUUUCUGUUUUAGAAACUUUGUGUUGCACUAUAUUGUUAAGACUGCUUUUCCUAAAAAAAUAAAUUGCCACUUUGUUAUACUA